UUAUUGUUAUAGUGCGUUAUUUUAAUUCACUUCAUUAACAAUUUUUACAAUGUCUUUAAAUUACGUGAAAAGUUCAAAAGGAAAAGACUUACUAGUGUACUCAGGAUAUAUUUUUGAAAAAGAUUAUAUAAAAAAACAAAAAACUUAUUGGAAAUGUAUAAAAUACAAUACUGAUAAAUGCCGUGGAAGGGCACAUACUAAAAAUAGUGAGGUUUCUUUUCAUAAAGACGAUCUGCAUAAUCAUACGCCAAAUAAUGAGGACAUUGGUGUUAAAAAAUGUAUUGCACAAAUAAAAGAAAUGUCGAAUCAAAUUGAGUCAACUCCACAACAAAUUGUUGCUAAAAUGUCAUGUUCUUCUCAUGCAGUAUCUGCCGCCUUACCAACAGUUAAUGCAAUGAAAAAAACCAUUCAACGAAUAAGGCAUCGAAAAAAUGCACCUCCAGCAAACCCGAGUUGAGAAUCGCUGAUCCAUCCAGUACUCACCGACCAUUAAGGGGAACAUACUAUUGAGUUAUUGACGAAGCACGUUACUAUUAAUCAAAAUGCAGUGUGGUGAGAACGUUGAGAACAACCCGCAGACUAGCAGUUUUAGUAUUUGUGCUGAUAAUAAAAAAGAUACUAAGGCUGGAGUUAGCAAUAUGAAAAAACAACUGAGAUGUACCGAGAACGGCGAUGCGGUAAACACGAAUAGGCAAGAGGAAAUUGAUCAGCUGCGAGCGGAACACGAGGCAACGGUUUUAAAUUUACAAAUCGAUCACGAAGUACAAAUGAGAAAUUUACAAAUUUACUUUCAAUCAAAAAUUGGGGAAUUGGAAAUAAACCACGGGGUGAUGGUCGAUAACUUACAAAGAAGUCAUGAGACAUUAGUUCAACAUUUGCGAAAUUUAAAUUAUUACCAGGGAAUACGGCAAGAGGCCGCGCUGAAAAGCAUGCGUGAACUUAAAGACCAGAUGCGUAAAGAUCAUGAUCAAGAAGUACAGUGUAUGCAAUUGAAAUUUAAUAAUUUGGUCAAACAGCACGAAAUUGAGAUUAAUGAUUUAGUUGAAGAAAACAAUCUCCUCUGCACCGACCAGGAGAGUGUACUUCGAGGUUUGCGUCAGACAACCCGAGUUUUUAAAGAAAAUAUGAAGAGCUCAAUAAUUAAUUAUUUGAAUGACAGUGGUGGCGUGACUGAGCUUUUCCGGGAUUUCUACAAUUAUUCUUCGCUGGAAUUAUCAAGCACAUACCUCAAGCAAAAUAGAACUGAAGUCGAGGGACUUCAGCUCGGUGAGGAGGCUACCAUUAUAGCAACACAUCUGCAGACAACCGACGGUCACGAAGAUUCCGAUGCCGACACCACAACGAGCACUAUCGCUGAUGACGACGCCGUAGACAUGGUAAAGUCACAAGACACUAUGGUACAAAAAACUGUAGAAGAUUGCCAAAAAUUAUUUUAUGAUACGGCAAAAAAACUGAGCCUGUUGCACGAGUACGUUUUCCGCAAGGAAUCAAAUUGUUCGACUCAGACGGACGACCUACAGCAAUAGCUGGACGAUUUUGAAGAAGACGCCCACAGUCCACAAAACAGUCAUGACCACAAUAAAGAUAAGACCAGAAUUCCGAGGACGAAAAUUAUGCUGUCGCAGUGCCAGUGAAAUUAUUACCGAACAGUAAAUAGCGAUUAAAUGAUAGUAAUUUUGGUACAUAGGUAGGUGUAAUCAUUUUUUUUUUAAUUUAUCACCUAUUCCUAAACUUCAGACUGGGACAGUUCCUAACUUGUUAUUAUAUUUGUUAGAAAUAUUUUAAACAAAAAACAAUAAACCACGUGUAUCCGUAUAGGUCUCAAAAUUAGUCAAUAAAUCAUACGAGGAUGCCAGCGCACUAUUUGUUUCUCUCUCUGGCCCACGCGAAACAUAGACAAAACGCAUUAAUGCAGAAUCAUUUUUUCUAUGUUUUUAAUUAAUCUUAGAAUAAAUUCACACAUUAAAAAAAAGAUAGAGAAUAAUAUUUUUGAGGGAAUGACUUAUCGAUUUUAUAUUUUAUUGUUAUUUGACUUUCAAAAUAAACAAAAAAAUGGUGUGCAUUUAAAUGUCAUUCCCUCAAAAAUAUUAUUCUCAAUAUUUUUUGUAAUGGGUGAUUUUACUCUAAGAUUACUUAAAAACAUAGGAAAAAUGAUUCUGCGUAAAUACGUUUUGUCUAUGUUGCGCGUGGGCUAGAGAGAGAAAACGAAUAGUGCGUUGACAUCCUCAUAACUUUUAUUUUUAAAUUGUAAAUAUUAAUAAUAUAGUAGUUAUAAAUAGUUGUGGAAUAAUAUUUAUUAUUAUAUAGUUGAUUGAAUUUAGGUAUAAGACUCACACAUAUGAUUGUUAUGUAAAUAUUGUUCAUUAUUAUGGACACUUUCGUACUGUACACACACUCAUUAACUGCUAUAGAUCAUUAUUUUGUACAAUACGUAUUAAUAAUAUAUAAUAUUCUUUAAUAAUUUUAAUAAAUUGCCUUACGUAUUACUUGCAUGAGUUGCGCUGUAAUUUUGUACUCAUGUAGUCAUGUGCCAUUAAAUUUAUUGUUUACUUAAAUUGUUACUUAUAAGUAACUAAUAUAAUAUUAGUAUUAUUUACUUUCAGUUAUAAUAUUAUGUAUCCUAUUCUCGUUUAUUAAUUAUUUAUUUUUGGUAUUAUUUUUGUGUACAUAGCAAUAUUACGAUUACUUUUUUUAUAUUUAUUACUACCUAUUAAAAUGUAUAUAUUUUAUUUAAUAUAAAAUAAAUUAUACUA